AUGAAACUCAAACUGAUUCUAGCCAUUUUAUUGAUCGUGUCAGUAAUCACCAUUGCUGAUGAUGUUUACAUUCGACCUCAGCCUCGAAAAACCUUGCAUCUUCCAUGGGAUUCAAAACCCUCUUCUUAUCCCCAGCAGGUACACGUUUCUUUGGCAGGAGACAAGCACAUGAGAAUUACCUGGAUCACUGAUGACAAAUCUGCACCUUCAGUUGUCAAAUAUGGAACAUUGCCGGGAGAUCUUGGCCAAACGGGUUGGACUAAAUCAACGUUAGAUCACAUUGGUCAAUGCAAAUAUGACGUUAACCUGAUUCCUGGUGAUCUUUCGUAUGCCGAUUAUAUCCAGCGUCGUUGGGACACGUUUGGUAGGCUCGUGCAGCCACUUGCUAGUGCUAGACCAUGGAUGGUAACACAAGGGAACCAUGAAGUGGAACAUUUACCGUUGUUAAAGGAGGGAUUUAUAUCCUAUAAUUCGAGAUGGAAAAUGCCGUUUGAGGAAAGUGGAUCGAGUUCGAAUCUCUAUUAUUCUUUUGAAGUUGCUGGUGCUCAUAUUAUCAUGCUUGGUUCCUAUGACGAUUAUGAUGUCCACUCGGAACAAUAUAGAUGGCUAAAGACAGAUUUGUCAAAGGUGGACAGGAAAAGGACACCUUGGUUGCUUGUCAUAUUUCAUGUCCCGUGGUAUAAUAGUAACACGGCUCAUCAAGGUGAAGGUAGCGACAUGAUGAAAGCCAUGGAGCCGUUGCUUUAUGCUGCUAAAGUUGACUUAGCUUUUGCCGGUCAUGUGCACGCAUACGAACGCUCGAAACGUGUAUAUAAUGGAAAACUGGAUCCUUGUGGUGCUGUUCAUGUAACAAUUGGUGAUGGAGGGAACAAAGAAGGCUUGGCUCAUAAGUAUAUAGAUCCACCUCCAAAGUGGUCAGAAUUUCGUGAAGCGAGUUUCGGUCACGGUGAGCUAAAGAUUGUAAACUCGACGCAUGCUUUCUGGAGUUGGCACCGUAAUGACGAUGAUGAACCGGUAAAAUCUGAUGAUAUCUGGAUAACCUCUUUAGUAAGCUCAGGUUGUGUUGGUCAGAAGAGAAAUGAACUUGAGCAUGCACUUGUGACACCCUAA